AUGGGUACGGAGAGGAAGAGGAAGGUGAGCUUGUUCGACGUGGUGGACGAGACCUCAGUCUCAUCAGCGAAGAUGAGUAAAUCGAACGGUGGUGCAGGAGCCACAGCGAAUCAUAACGCGGUGAGCAAUCUGAUCAAUAGGUGGACCGGCAAGCCUUACUCGCAGAGGUAUUAUGAGAUCCUUGAGAAGAGGAAGACUUUGCCUGUUUGGCACCAGAAAGAGGAGUUCUUGCAAGCUCUCAAGGCCAGCCAGUCUCUUAUUUUGGUUGGUGAGACUGGUAGUGGUAAAACCACCCAGAUCCCUCAAUUUGUUUUGGAAGCUGUUGAUUCGGAAACUCCAGAUAAACGUAAGAAGAUGAUGAUUGCAUGUACCCAACCCCGUAGAGUGGCUGCAAUGUCAGUGUCCCGUCGUGUUGCUGAAGAGAUGGAUGUAACCAUAGGAGAAGAGGUUGGUUAUAGCAUCCGUUUUGAGGACUGCAGCAGUGCCAGAACAGUGCUGAAGUAUCUAACGGAUGGAAUGCUUUUAAGAGAAGCAAUGACAGAUCCACUAUUAGAGCGAUACAGUGUGAUAAUUCUUGAUGAGGCUCAUGAAAGAACUUUAGCAACAGAUGUUCUAUUUGGGCUUCUGAAGGAAGUAUUGAGAAACAGACCUGACUUGAAGCUGGUUGUGAUGAGUGCUACACUUGAGGCUGAAAAGUUUCAGGGUUAUUUCAGUGGUGCACCACUCAUGAAAGUUCCUGGAAGGCUUCAUCCAGUGGAAAUUUUUUACACUGAGGAACCUGAAAGGGAUUAUCUGGAGGCAGCAAUUCGAACGGUCGUGCAGAUUCAUAUGUAUGAGACCCCAGGAGAUAUACUUGUUUUUCUAACGGGAGAGGAAGAGAUAGAAGAUGCGUGCCGCAAAAUUAACAAAGAAGUUGGAAACCUGGGUGACCAGGCUGGUCCUGUGAAAGUGGUCCCUCUAUAUUCAACUCUUCCUCCAGCUAUGCAACAGAAAAUAUUUGAUCCUGCUCCUCCUCCCAUAAAUGAAGGCGGAAUUCCUGGAAGGAAGAUUGUAGUGUCAACAAACAUUGCAGAAACUUCUCUCACUAUAGAUGGAAUUGUUUAUGUUAUUGAUCCGGGAUUUGCUAAACAAAAAGUUUAUAACCCACGAGUGCGUGUUGAAUCCUUGUUGGUAUCUCCAAUUUCUAAGGCAAGUGCACAUCAGAGGUCAGGGCGUGCUGGAAGAACUCAGCCAGGAAAAUGUUUCAGACUAUAUACUGAGAAAAGUUUCCAUAAUGAUCUUCAACCACAGACAUAUCCAGAAAUAUUGAGAUCAAACCUUGCAAAUACAGUUCUUACUUUGAAGAAACUAGGAAUAGAUGAUUUGGUUCAUUUUGAUUUUAUGGAUCCCCCUGCUCCUGAGACAUUGAUGAGAGCAUUAGAGGUUUUGAAUUAUUUGGGCGCAUUGGAUGAUGAUGGUAACUUGACGAAGCUGGGGGAGAUUAUGAGUGAGUUCCCGUUAGAUCCUCAGAUGUCAAAAAUGCUGGUUGUUAGCCCCGAGUUCAACUGCUCAAAUGAAAUUUUGUCAAUAUCUGCAAUGCUUUCAGUACCCAAUUGCUUUGUCCGGCCUAGGGAGGCUCAAAAAGCUGCAGACGAGGCAAAAGCUAGGUUUGGACACAUUGAUGGGGAUCAUCUCACGCUUCUGAACGUGUAUCAUGCAUACAAGCAAAACAAUGAGGAUCCAUCGUGGUGCUAUGAGAACUUUGUCAAUCAGAGGGCAUUGAAGUCUGCAGACAACGUCAGGCAGCAACUAGUGCGCAUAAUGGCCCGGUUUAACCUGAAGUUAUGUAGCACUGAUUUCAAUAGUCGUGACUACUACAUAAACAUAAGAAAAGCCAUGCUAGCUGGAUAUUUCAUGCAGGUGGCUCACCUGGAACGCACUGGACACUACCUGACAGUGAAAGAUAACCAGGUGGUACAUUUGCAUCCGUCAAAUUGCUUGGAUCAUAAACCAGAAUGGGUGAUUUACAAUGAAUAUGUCUUGACAAGCAGGAAUUUUAUCCGUACAGUCACAGAUAUUCGUGGGGAGUGGCUUGUUGAUAUAGCAUCCCACUACUAUGAUUUGGCGAAUUUUCCCCAGUGUGAGGCCAAGCGUGUUCUUGAGAAGCUUUACAAGAAGCGGGAGGACAGGGAUGAAAACAAAAACAGAAAAUGA